GUAACAACAAGUAGAAUUGCGGUUCUGCGGCCACUCGGAAAGAAACACCGUAGGGCUUCUCGCCGCUGUUUCUAUGCCGCCGCAAUCCACAGUUUUAAAGGAAACCUUCCUAAAGAAGUAAGUUGAGCCUGUGUAGCAAGUUUUGCCGAACGCACACACCAUCUUGCAGGGUGCGGAAGUUUGAACCGAGCGCUCCACCCGAGCUGUGCCAAAAAUUUCUAGAGGGUGUUUUUUGUUACUGCUUCCACCUAGCGGAUUCACGAUUUUGUUUAUAACACAACGCACCCACACACACAUACGCUGAGAGAGAAAGAUGCCCAAACGCAAGCGCGACUCGCCCUCAGAGGCGCAAACAAACCCCACGAAACCAUCAUCGUCCUCGUCCCGCCGCAAAAAGCACUGCACGCAACGCAUCGCGGCCGCCCAGAAACCUCUCCUCUCCGCGCUGCGCCUCGCAGCGGGCUUCGAGCGACAAAAGUUCAGCCGCCGCAAGAAGGGCGCGAAAUCUACAAACAACGACAAAGCGUCGCAGCGCCUCGAACUCGAAUACGCGAAACUCAAGCAAUUGGACCUCACGAAGCUCGCGGAGCAACACUUGCGAAGGACGAUUGGGAAGGUGAAGAGUUUAAGGGAGAGCGAGGAUAUACCUGAUGUAGAGAAGGUGGCGGAGAAGGGGGAACAGGAUGUUGCGUUGCUGAAUGUGCAGGCGAGGUUGUUCAAGGUUGACGCGGUUAGGAAGGUCGUGGAUGAGGUUGUUGAUGAUUUGAAGGAGAUUGUGGGUGCGGGUAAGGGGAAGAGCGAGGGGGAUGGAGCGAGGCAGAAGAAGAGGAAGGAAAAGGAGGGGGGGAGUGAGGAGGAAGAAUCUGCGAAUGUGGAGGCGUUCGAUAGCGAUGUGAUGGCUGCAUUGGAUGGCCUUAUUGCGGCACCCUCUUCGGCGGACGACAGCGAAGACUCCCUCUCAGAAGGACAUCGACCCCCGAGCGUUGAAGACAGUGGCAGUGAGGAUGGCGAUGAAAUGGAUUUGGACGAAGAUAUGGAGUCAGAUGAAGACGAAGCACAUGUUUCCACAAACGGUAGAGAGGUCGCAGAUGGCUCGUCCGAUUCUGGGGCACUGCACGACUCUGAUGUGGAAUCUAUAUCGGAAUUCGAAUCGGAAGCAGACGUCUCAGCGCCAACAUCCAAGUCAAAGCGAAAAUUGGCACCGCUGGAGAAGCCCUCCAAGUCAACGUUCCUCCCAUCGCUGAGCCAUGCAGCGUACUUCUCCGGCUCCGAAUCAGAAGCAUCUGAUCUCGACGCCGAUCUCGCGCCCAGAAAGAACCGCAGAGGACAGAAGGCGAGACAGAAAAUAUGGGAGCAGAAAUACGGCGACAAGGCGAAGCACAAGGAGAAGGAAGAUCGCGCCAAGGGGUGGGACGCGAAGAGAGGGGCUGUCAGUAGCGACCGGCGUGGGCGCGGAGCAAAAGCCCCACCGCGAGGCUACGGUCCGGAGAAGAGCGGAGAAAACGCGAUGCCAUUGGGCAAGCAGAAACCGGUCCCCAAGAGAGACGACGCUGGCACUCUGCACCCCAGUUGGCAAGCUGCGAAGGCGGCAAAGGAAAAGAAGAGCGGGCUCAAGAUCGAUCUCAACGCAAACACCUCCAAGAAGGUUGUCUUCGAUUGA